GGCCAUUUGCAAUGAGUGACGGAAAUGGUUUACAUUUUUUAGAGCUAGAGAUUUUUUAAAUGUCAGUUCACAGCCUUGCUCCUAAUACGUAUUAAGCUUCAUCAGGGAAUAUGUGUAAAGUAUGAACCAUACUAUACCAAUACAAAUAGUGACAUUUGGCUUCAUUUCAGAAUUUUUUAAAUUGAAUGUUUCCAUUUCCACCCAUGUUAAAUUAUGUCAAGCAUCAACUUUAGGAAGUAAACAGUGGGUUUGUCUUUGCUCCAGGUAGUGCUUGAAUACUAAUGGGCGAAAAGCACUGUGAUAUUGAACCCUGAGGAGCUUUGACUGAAGGAAUUUCAGGUUUCCUUUCACGUCUUCAGCAAGGAAAGGUGUACUGCUCCUUCUAUUUAAUGUGUAAUCACUGGGCCUGGUCAGCGGUUAGUGCUGAGUGUUUGGUUAUGUUAAGCAAUAGCCCUCGGUCACACAGCCAACCUGCAGCCGCACCCCAGCCAGGAGGGCCCAGGGCUGGGCUUUCUGUUUGGUCUUUAACCAUUGCACAACUGUGUAAAGGUUCUGAGAACCUGCUAGGAUUCUAGUCUUGGGAUGUAAGCUUUCAGGGCACCUCUUUGGGGAAAAGAAAGAAGAACCAACACAACAGCUCCACUGUAGGUCUGAUGACAUCACAAGCCUGAUGAGGACGAGAAGUUAAACUUCUAGAGAGACCUAAUGGACAAUCUCCACAACAGAGUCCUGGGUAAACAGAGGUGCUGCCCAUGUGGCAGGAGGCAGGGUCUGAGAGCAGAUGGUAACAGAACAUAAUCCAGAUGGGGUGCAGGUGCUGUAAAAUGAUACACAGCUAUCUCUUCGACCCGGUCCAAGUGCCCUCGCCUGGCUACGUCAACGAAGUGAACAGCUGCAAGUUUGAUGAAGAGGACACGGUUAAAUUAAAAGGCAAACAGAGUGGCGAGGUCCAGGUGCAUAGAAAUGACCUUCAGGGUGAGGGCUUGAGGAGGACUGUGAGCAGAAGCAGAACAGCUGGUCCGCAGGAGCCCUGCUGGCCUCCCCAGGGACCGCACCCUCAGGGGGGCGGAGGAGGGGGACACUGUGCGGAGAAGACCGGCAGCGCCCUCAAUGGCAUUGGGCCCACUGCGGUGCUGCAGCCCCCUGGGGAGCCUGGGCAGGGUGGCACAGGUUCCUGGGCCAGUAGGGCGAACCACGUGUACCCAAGUCCACCCUUCCUUGAGGGAGGGGACUCCAGGGUAACAGACUGGGCGCUGCAGUCCUCAGAAGAGACCCGAGUCAGCGGACGUGGGGACUCCAGGGUCCCUCCCAAGGCAGCAUGUCCUGCUGUGGGAGUACAAGAGCACGUCCUCCAGAUACCAGCCCCAGACUACCCCCAGUGUUGGGACUCGGCUGGAGGCAAUGCAGGUCACCAGGAAGAAGAUUACCUUUUCAAGAGCCAUCCUGAGGAGGAGCCCCCGGAGGAAACGUGCUCUGACGGGCCGGGGCAGGGUUCGCACACGCCUUCCUCCGUGAAGAGAAGCUGGGAUUCACUAAACAAGGCUGCGGCGGCAAAAGUCCUGAGUGUCUACUUUAAAGAAGAGGAUCCCACCCAGGCUGUGCCUACGGCCCAUCCGACAAAUGGGUGGGAGGAUGCCCCCGGCUGUGCUGGAGAUGGGACUGUGGGGACAGAGGACGAGGACGCGGCAGUGGCGGAAGCCCUGGCAGCUUUAGAAGCAGCCACUGCAGGGGAAGACUUGGACGAGGUGGAUUAGGGAUGGGGCUGUGCGCGUGCAAACAAGCUAGGGUCACGAGGGGCGUCUCGGGAUGCGGUUGCUCCAUAGACACCGAGCCAUACCCCUGCAGGGAGUCGUGCAGCCUCACCCAUUGUUUACAGCCAGCAUCUGUUCCGAUGAUUUGCAUUCCAUGCUGCAUUCAGAUCGAGAGCGUCCCUGUGCAGAUGGCCCAUCACUCAGGACAAAAGUCGGAGUGGGCCAGGGUGCCCAGUCCAGAAACAGCCUGCUCGCCCCUCCCCAAAGCUCCCCACAACAUCUGGUGCAGAUGCCCUUGACAAUGCUCCGAAAUCCCAGCACUUCAUCCCAAGAGCACAGACUCGCAGAACAUUCUCUUUGUUGAUUCUUUAUCUUGCUUUUAAGAGCCAAACGUCGGACCCAACCUGGAGGAGGUAACUUCCCCACUGUAAGUGCCUAUUGUGUCCCUGUGCCAGAGCAUGGCCCACGUUCGGGGACAGUCAAUCUCCCAGGGAAGUAAUAACUAACCAGUUGUUUGACAGCGAGUGACGCCCAGCAGCAUUCAGGGUGGAGCAGGAGCCAUGAGGAAGCAGUCAGUCAUUAGCUGUGCUAUUAAGACACCUUGACCUUAACUUUUUUACAUUAUUACUUUUUAAUCUCCUUUGGGAUUGGGGAGGCCAGUCAAAAUAAUUCUUAAAACUGUGUCAUGUUUGUGUUUGAAGUUUAUGAAAUUUGGAACAGGGAAGGGAUAUACAGAGUGUUUGAUGCCAUUUAAUGCCUGAUUCUGAUUAAAAUAUAACAACAUAA